AUGGUCCCAUGUGCAACAAGUUUUAAGAUGGAAAAACAAUUUCAAUUAGUAUACACAAUUUCAAAGUUCAAGGAAGUUCAGGAUGAGUUUAUAGGAAAGAUUUAUUGUGAUAUCGCUUUAGAAGUAGAGGGACUGGAUGGGGUGAAGUACGAGGUUCGGGAGUCUGUAGUGUACCCUGAGCGUAGGAAGAAGAAAACAUUUCUCAUCUCAUUUCGGAGGGACACUAGUGAAAUGAUGUGUAGUUGCCACUUGUUUGAGUUUCAAGGAAUUAUUUGUAGGCAUGCGAUCAUAGUGUUCGACCAUAAUGACUUCACAAGAAUGCCAAAGAAGUAUAUAUUGUGGCGGUCGAGGAUAGAUAUUAGUAGGGCAUACACGAGGGUCGCAGUGAACUACGCCGGGUUGGUUAGUACGCCUGAACAAUUAAGAUAUAAUGGUAUGUGUCAAGCAUUUGUGGAAGUGGUAGACCUUGUUGCGAGUGACGAAGGGCGGGCUCGGGCGAUAAUGGAUUGA